AUGAAUCCAUUCAUCGAGCGUGAGCAAAACUGGAUGGAAGUAAGUAAUUACAAGAUUUUUCCGUUUACUUUUGUGAAAAAAAGAAUAUCGUUAAAGAUCUAGGAAAUUCGGAAUUAAUUUUGAAUAAAAAUGGGCUAGAAAUCUGGAAAAACGAGAAAUAUUCAUAAAUUUGCAUACAAUUUUAGAAAAUUUGACUGCAAAGCUCGAAAAAAAUUCUGACCGCCGCCUGGAGGAGCCUGUGGUCGGCACAAAACAAAAAGCAAUAACCGUAGUUUUCUACAUUAUUCAAUUUUUCAGCAAUUGAAAAUGAAUCGACGAUUCAACAAACGAUCCGCCUCUUGGGGCGACGACAAUUUGAGAGCUCGAAAAAUAAGGAGACUGGAAAAUGCGAUGAAUCCAUUCAUCGAGCGUGAGCAAAACUGGAUGGAGGUAAGGAUUUUUCCGCAAAAAUAAUAACGUUAAAGAUGUAGGAAACUCGAAAUUAAUUAAAUAAACGAGAAAUAUCCAUAAAUUUUCCUUACGAGAAUCAUCGGACUGCAAAAAAAUGGAAAAAUCAUAGAUGAAAAGAAGAAAAAUUACUGUUUUUCAUAUAUCAAGAAAUUUCAGAUCGAACAAUGAUCGAACAAUGAAAUUUCAGAUCGAACAACACCACCUGCAGUUCCAAUUGUUGCUGUUCCUCUUGUCAUUGCUCAACCACCACAACCUCAACCUCCAAUUGUUGCUCUCCCAGUCGCACCACCACCACCACCAUUCUCACCACCUCCUUCUCCACCAAACGAUGAUUGGAUAAAAUGGUGUGAGGAUGAUGAAAAGUGCGAUGAAAGCGGUGAUAAAUAA